AUGGAUUCGAAGCAAUUUCAGGAUUUUCUUGUUAACCUUAGUGAGGUGAAUUCAAAGGUGGAUCAAGCACAAAAAGGCGAUGAAGGAGUGGCGAUUAGACGUUAUCUGGCAAAACUAUCUCCGAACACUCUUCUUUGUAUGCAGUACAUCGGCCUAAAUUAUACGGACGUGGGAUUGGUGCAGCCGUUGAUUUCGCAAAUUCUUGACCUUUAUAUGAAAGGAGGAACUCUCAAACAGUUUGCUUUGCAAUUCAUUCCGGAUUUCAUUGGCACGUACUUGCUAGCCCUUUCAAAAAAACAACAUCGGAGUGCCAGUUUAUUCGAAGCCUUUUUCCUUUCUGUUUACAAUGAGGAUAUUGUUGUAAACCCAAAAGUAGAGAAUUCUCAAAAGAAAGUGGAAGAGAUUCGAAUACCUUCGGUACGAUAUCGUUCUAUUUAUCAUGAUCCCAGCAAAAUUAUUAGCCUUCCAGAGAUUGCCUCAAUGCGACCAGGAGGAAACCCUGGAAUUCAAGCAGUUGUGCAAAUUGGACCGUUUCCCGCAAUCGAUCAUUUUACUGCCGAGAAGAAAUUUUUCAUUUUAUCGCGAAUUUUGAGUUCUGUCAAUUCCGCAAUGUGUGCUACAAGUGAACCGGUUUGCCGUGCCAUGUGUUUAACCUCUUUGGCGAUUUGUAACAGCGGUUUUUCUUUUGCUGAAUCAAACCUUCGAACUAGGGUGCUUGGUAUGGAAACAGUUCAAGAAGUGCUAGACGAUUACAGCAAACGGUCACGUCAACAUGUAUCUUCUAAUCUCUUAAUGGAACUUCUCAACGGGUGCUACCUAGCUCUUUACAACGGGAUGCCUGAUUUGGCUUUGCGAGCUAUUGAUGCGGUUCAUCAACGUGCAAAAUACGAAAUGCUCGCAGAUGUCAUAUUGCUGACGAACUCAAUAAGAAACUCGCUUCUCGAAAAUCCAUUGUCGAAAGAAAGAAGGGAGGAGCUCAUGUGGCGUUAUCAUCGAGCAAAAGAACGGAAGAUUAAAGAUUGUGUGACAAAUGCUUCACUACGAAUGAAAAAGAUGCCUGAAGACAUUCCAAUCCAAGAAGAUCUAAAUGAAAAGAAAAGCAAGGGUGAAAGAAUAAUGGAUGAUUUCAUUGAAGACAUAGCGGAAGGUGUUGAUCAUAUAAAGAAAAAAGUGAGUCAAUUGUCACACCACCAUCGAAAAAAGCAUACUCCAAAGAAAGAAGGGCGUGGCGAUUUUGAUAAGCGAAAUGGUUUGGACCUAGAAGAACUAGAACUGACCACUAUGUCCACUAUUCGAGAGGAAAGAGGACAGAGCGACUCAAAUAUCAGCUUAUCACCAUCAUUUGCAACUCGGCCAAAGAAACUAGUUGGAGAGAGUCUCAAAGAUGCAAAACAAGAAGUUCUUGAUACGACAAAGAACUCGAAUCAAAAGAAAGCCAACGCAAAAGUUGAUGACGAACUGGAAAGCCCUCGAUUGGAAGAGAAUCACAAACAAAAUACGGUCGAUGAAACGGGAUCAUUUUCUGUUGGAAGUUUUCGUCAUAUGGACAGCGGCAGCGGAACAGAAAGAAGUGUGGAUUUU